UUACUAGCUACGUGAUAUAGUGUCAUGGUUAACUCAACUCAUCCUUUAAUUAUGAGGCUAAACAUUUGAUUAUUGCCCAGUAGAAUAUAACACAUUUUCUGGCCACAUCAAUUAAAUGCGAGUAUUUGUGGCUAGAUGAUUAAUCACUACAAUAGAUUUCGUAGGCUAAAAAAAAGAUGACAUAUUGUUGCAUAAUUUUCAUGAGUUUAGUGUUUUUUUUUAUAUGCAACCAAACCAACCGUUCCUAGCUAACAGCAAGCCACUAGCUGAACCGACAAAUACGUGUAAGAAUCUAUUGGUAUCAUCAGCAAUGGUCUGUCUGACAAGAAUGAAGAACCUCGGACAUUGUUCUUCUCCAAGAUUUAUCCUGUUCUUCAUUCAUAUAAAUAUACUUGUUGUGACUCCUUUUCUCACCCAUGUUCAAGGGUUUGACUCUGUUAUCCAGCUCCCACAUUCUGGGUUAACCCGAACCCGAAGCAGAUCCAAGCGUGUUCUCUCUGUCGGUGAUUAUGGUGCCAAAGGGGAUGGCUUGCAUAAUGACACCGAGGCCUUCCUAGAGGCUUGGAACAUCGCUUGCUCUCUCUCUGGAUUUGUAAAUGUUGUUUUUCCCUAUGGAAAAACUUUUCUUGUACAUCCAAUUAACAUUGGUGGACCUUGUCGAUCUAAGAUCACUUUGAGGAUCUCUGGUACAAUAGUUGCACCCAAGGAUCCUGAAGCGUGGCAUGGUUUGAGUCAGCGCAAAUGGCUCUACUUCUAUGGUGUUAAUCACCUUACUUUAGAAGGUGGAGGGAAGAUAAAUGGAAUGGGACAGGAGUGGUGGGCAAGAUCUUGCAAGAGAAACUCCACAAAUCCAUGUCAUCCUGCUCCAACGGCCCUGACUUUUCAUAGAUGCAAGAAUCUGAAAAUGAGAAACCUUAUGGUGCUAAAUAGCCAACAAAUGCACUUGGCAUUCACUAGCUGUAUGCGGGUUGUUGCAUCCCAUCUCAAAGUGUUAGCACCUGCUUUCAGCCCUAAUACUGAUGGAAUCCACAUUAGUGCAACAAAGGGUGUUGAGGUCAGCAAUUGUGUAAUUAGAACAGGUGAUGACUGCAUCUCAAUUGUCAGAAAUUCAUCACGGGUCUGGAUCAGAAACAUUUCCUGUGGUCCAGGACAUGGCAUAAGCAUUGGUAGCUUGGGAAAAUCAAAGGCAUGGGAGAAGGUGCAAGAUAUAAAUGUUAAUGGAGCUUAUCUUUUCAACACUGAUAAUGGGUUGAGAAUCAAAACAUGGCAGGGUGGAGAUGGUCUUGCUUCCAAGAUCACAUUCCAGAAUAUCUUGAUGGAAAAUGUGUCCAAUCCAAUAAUAAUAGAUCAAUACUACUGUGAUUCCCGACAUCCAUGCAAGAAUCAGACUUCGGCGGUUCAAGUGAGGAAUAUAUCCUUCAUUGAUAUUCAAGGAACUUCAGCCACAGAAGAAGCAAUUAAAUUUGCUUGCAGUGAUGCCUCUCCAUGUGAAGGAUUAUAUCUGAAAAACAUUUUUCUUGAAUCAUGCUUCGGAGGAAACACAAGAUCUUACUGCUGGCAAGCUCAUGGUUUUGCUCGCGGUGUGAUGCAUCCAGCUGCCUGUUUUUCAAGCAGUGACGAUUUCAUUAGACAGAAUGUGUUGUUAGAUUCAGACCUUGCUAUUCAUUCGGUGUGAAUAAUUUGUGCAUGAUAUAACUAGUGCAUGAAUCCCUUUAAUAAUUAUUUUGCUUACUGAUUAAGGGGUAGGGAGAUAUGGUGGACACAUCCAUAUGAAUGCCUAAGUUAAUAUGAAAUUGUAUCCCUUAAUAACUAUUUUGCUUACUAGUUAAGGGGUAGGGAGAUGUGGUGAAACCAUCCAUAUGAAUGCAUAAGUUAAUAUGAAAUUGUCUACUCUUAUCUA